GGCUGCAUCUCGCGUUGGAGCCGCGUCGUCCGCAUUCCCCCCCCCCCCCCCCAAAGGGUGGGAGAUCGGAAGGUCAAGGUACAGAGGAUCCGGCGCAUCGGGAGUUUUUGGAGAGAUUUCUGCUGGAUAUUUCGGAAGGAGAUUUUAAAGCCUUUCCCGAGGCUGAUCGUCUGCUUGUAUCAUCGCUGGAAAAAAGAAGUAUUUUGUAAAAAUUGAAGCGUUAGCUUCAUUUUUGCAGUCCAGUCUCGUAAUCAUACAAUCGGAAGUAAAUCUAAUUAAUUCAGUGACAUUUACUCCCAGCUCAUGAGGCUGAAUUUAUGUUGUAGAUCAUGGACGAGACUGCUUUAUCACUUGGAACAAUAGAUGUUUCCUAUUUGUCAUCUUCAGCAGAAUACACUGUCACUAGAUGUAAACAUUCCAGUGAAGAAUGGGGAGAAUGCAAUUCUAGGCCUACUGUCUUCCGAUCAGCCACUUUAAAAUGGAAAGAGACUCUUCUGGGCAGGAAUAGACCAUUUGUGGGACGCUGUUGUUACGUAUGCACACCUCAAAGCUGGGACAAGCUUUUUAAUACUAGCAUCCCUUCUUUGGGUCUGCGUAAUGUUAUCUAUAUUAAUGAGACACAUACACGGUACAGAGGUUGGCUUGCUCGGCGGUUUUGUUAUACUCUUUUCGUGCAAGAACGGGAUGUUCAUAAGAGCAUGUUUGCAAAUAAUGUGAUGGAAAAUGUACUGAAUAAUAGCCGAGUGCAGAACGCUAUUAUACAGGAGGCUUCAGAAUUAUCAGCUGUAAAUGGUCCUGAUCAGUUGGAAUCUAGAAACAUUAACAGAAUCAAGAAGAAAGCUAGAAGGAUCCUUCAAGAAAUGGUAGCGAAUGUCUCUCCUUCUCUGAUUAGGUUAACAGGUUGGGUUUUAUUGAAAUUAUUUAACAGCUUCUUUUGGAAUAUCCAGAUUCAUAAAGGCCAACUAGAAAUGGUGAAAGCAGCAACUGAGCUAAAUUUGCCUCUUGUCUUCUUACCGGUUCACAAAUCUCACAUUGACUACCUACUCCUCACAUUCAUUCUUUUCUGCCACAAUAUCAAGGCACCCUUCAUUGCAGCUGGAAAUAAUCUGAAUAUUCCUAUUUUCAGCACCUUAAUCCACAAACUUGGAGGUUUUUUUAUUAGAAGAAAAUUAGAUGAGAGACCUGAUGGCCGAAAAGAUAUUUUAUACAGAACGUUACUGCAUGUGCAUGUUGAAGAGUUGCUUCGUCAGCAGCAAUUCUUAGAGAUAUUUCUGGAGGGGACACGGUCCAGAAGUGGGAAAGUAGCCUGUGCAAGGGCAGGUCUUUUAUCAGUGGUGGUGGAUGCUCUAUAUUCAAAUGCUGCUCCUGACAUACUAAUUAUACCUGUGGGAAUCUCCUAUGACAGAAUAAUUGAAGGUCACUAUACUGGUGAGCAGCUGGGAAAGCCCAAGAAGAAUGAAAGUCUAUGGAGUGUAGCACGAGGAGUCUUUCGAAUGUUACGAAAGAAUUAUGGGUGUGUUAGAGUAGAUUUCGCUCAACCGUUUUCUUUAAAAGAAUAUUUAGAUUGCCAAAAUCAAAAACCUUUGCCUGUUCCUCUUUCUUUGGAGCAUACUCUGUUACCAGCUGUACUGCCUUCAAGGCCUAACUACAUAGUGGGAGAAAGUUCAGAAACUGUCCUUCCUGAGUCCAGGAAUUUAUCUUGUGAGCCACUGAGAAGACAAUUAAUAGCCAACUUGGCAGAACACGUAAUGUUCACUGCUAACAAAUCAUGUGCUGUGAUGUCAACACACAUUGUUGCCUGUUUGCUGCUCUAUCGACAUAGACAGGGAAUUGAUCUUUCUAAGCUGGUGGAAGAUUUUUUUUCCAUGAAGGAGGAAGUCUUGGCUCGGGACUAUGACUUGGGAUUUUCAGGGAAUUCUGAAGAUGUUGUCAUGCACGCUAUCCAUUUGUUGGGAAAUUGUAUCACCAUCACGAACACCAGUCGGAAUAAUGAGUUCUUCAUCACUCCCAGCACAACUGUUCCUGCUGUCUUUGAACUCAGCUUUUAUAGCAAUGGGAUACUGCAUGUCUUCUUCAAAGAGGCUGUGAUCGCCUGUAGUCUUCAUGCUUUACUGAACAAAAGGCACAGAAAUGGUAUCAGUGGAAUUCUGCCCAAUGUGGUUAGUCAAGAACAACUGGUCCGAAAAGCUGCCAGCCUCUGUUAUUUGCUGUGCUAUGAAGGAACUGUUUCAUUGCCCUGUCAGCUGUUAUGUCAAGUGUGCCAUGAAGCAAUUGAACAGUUCAUACAAUAUGGAGUUCUUUUAGUAGCAGAGCAGGAAGAACAGGAGGAUAUUAGUUCUAGCCUUACAGAGCAAAACUGGGAAAAGAGUAUUCCAGAGCCAUUAUCUUGGAGAAGUGAUGAGGAGGAUGAAGAUAGUGAUUUUGGUGAAGAACAACGGGAUUGCUACUUGAAGGUGAGCCAGUCACAGGAACACCAGCAAUAUAUCUCCUUCCUGCAGAAACUGCUAGGGCCAUUACUGGAGGCAUAUAGUUCAGCCGCCAUUUUCAUCCAUAAUUUCAGUGGACCUGUCAGGGAAACAGAAUGUCUUCAAAAGUUACACAAAUACUUAAUAUCAAGAACAGAAAAGAAUGUUGCAGUGUACGCUGAGAGUGCCACCUAUUGUCUUGCCAAAAAUUCAAUUAAAGUUUUUAAAGAAAUGGGGGUAUUUAAGGAGACAAAACAAAAGAGAGAGAACAUUUUGGAACUAAGCAGUACUUUUCUACCUCAUUGUAAUCGGCAAAAACUAUUAGAAUUUAUUCUGAGUUUUAUUGUACUUUAGAAUAUCUCUCAACUUCUCCUAGUAGACUUGGACAAUGUGAUGCAAAGCUUCAGGGUUUGGCUCUGCUUCCAUAGAAUCAGUAGUGCCAUUUUUGGCAAGGCCUUAUCUGACCCAAGCCAUAAAAAGACAAGUGCCUUCUUACAUAUGCACAUAUGGAACUACAAUAUUUAGAAUUCACACACAUUGCUAUCAUCCAACAUGUUCAGUCAAUGUAUGCACAACCCCUGAGUUUUUCCAUAAAUCUGUAUCAGGUAUUACGGUUUUUACAUUGCGAAGUACCACACUUACUUCAAAACUAAUGAAUGACAAAUGCACCUAUCUUCCAGAUUUGAACUACAUAAAAUAAUUUGGAUUACUCUGUGAACUUAGCAAAAGCUGUGUCAGUAUAACUACUUCAUUGUAUUCAGUACUGUAAAGGAAUGGUUUUUAGAAAAAAAAAUUAAUGGGGGCGUGGGGGGGUCUGAAAGGGCAUAUAAUAUUUCUACUAAUAGUAUGGUAACAUAGUAAGCAAAAAAGGCAAAGUAGUCACCAGGAUCUCAUUAAAAUUAGUUGAACAGCAAACAGCCUGCACAGAGUGUGAUCCAAGCAGCAUGAGUAUAAGAAUGCAUCAAUCUUUCUAAUGUAUAAAUAAAAAUUCAAAAUUCAUUAAAUUGGUGCACUAAAGAAACAGAUAACCCAAUUUGUCCUGCAAAGUUCUAAAAGCUUUUCCUGAUGAGCAUUUAAACUUUAGUACUUUGUUUUCCUUGCAAGCACUCGGAACUCAGAUGUAACUCUGGCUUAAGCACCCUGUGGUGCUUUUCCAAAAGGCAACUGACUUCUGAAGAAUGAGGAGCAAAAUAUUUUCAAGGAAAAACCAGGAAAGUCCGGUUCCUUUUGGAAAAAGCCCCUUUGGGACAAUCAUGGUGAUUGAGAAUCUCCAUAGACAUCUGGCUUAAACUCUGUAAAUUGAUGAAAUAACCUAAUAAAUACAUUAUCUCAUUCUAACCUUGAUUGAUUUUGGAUGGAAAAUGCUUUGCUGUCAUAAAGUUUUACCAGCCAUACUGCUGAAACAUGAGUGAUUUGAACUCUGAGGUUAUGAUGAUAACAUAAAUUGCAAGCAACUUAUUCUUGGUAAUCUUUUAGAAGGCAAUAACUUCCAAACCGGAUUACAAAAUGAGCUCUACAGGCUCAUACACGAUGUAUCAGGAAAAGCAAUAAUAAGGCAUUUAUUUUUAAGAGCGAGAACUUAUUGCCUUAUCCCUUGAAGAAACUUUGCCACUGCAGUGUUAAUAGUAUUUCUCAACUUCAUUUUUUUUCCAUUCUUAUCUGGACUUGAAAAAUAGUGUGAUUAUGAAAAUCUAUGUUUGCUUCUUUUUAAAAAAAAUACAGAGCUUCUGAACAUUUGAGGGUACCACAAGUCUCGGUUUAUUCCACAUUUGCAAAGGUUGGAUUUUCUAUAAAUGUAUAUAUGAAUUAAAACAUCAUAUGUAAUGUUUUUCAGUAUUAUCCUGCAGUUUCGAAUGAUGGGAACAACUAUGCACAUUUGUCAUCAUAAAACAGGUGCUUUAAAACAUAUCAAGAUAAAUAUUUGAACCAAAGUUGCAUCUGAUCAAUAACAGCAAUAGUCAGGCAACCUGACUUAAUAUGUUGUUUUAUGGCAGGAUAGCAGCUGAAAUUACAUUCACUUGUCCUGUUAAUCAUAGCUAUAUGGGGCAAUUAUUUUCCAUUGUUGUUUGUUUGAACUGUUCAUUAAACCCGAAUGUAUUCUGAAUAGCAAUUUCUAAAGACUGAUGAUGGCUUCCAAUUAAGGUCGGAAUAGGUGCUUGUAAAUAAAUAACUUCUGUAGUUUCACUGUAGUUC